AUGUAUAACUGGAGUGCGAGAUCCCCAACUGAAUGUAUUGAAGAUCCGAUAGUGCUGUGUAGGGAGCUGAAGAAUGGUCUACAAAGCUGUUACGAUAAGAUUGUUAAUGCUGAAUUGGCUAUGCUCUUUCAAGCAUUUGAUUUGGAAGAGAUAGUUUGUGGAUUUUCAUGUUUCAGAUUUGACCACGGGAAACUUGUGAUCAGCGUGGAAGACCGAACUUCGUGGGAGAAGAAGGGGAUGGCGGAAUUUUCAAUUUUUUUCAAGCAGGUUUGUUCCCUGCCACAAAUAAGAGAUCAUGUUAAACAUAAUAUAGCCUCUAAUCUGUUGGCUCAUAGUAGCCAACUUGUUGCCAAUCGCUUGAAGAUGACUGUGAAGAAGAUGUUAUGGGAAAACCUUGGAGGUGUGGCUAAAGAGAUGUUCUUAACCAGGGACGGAGAAUGUGUUGACGAGUUUAACAGGAGCCAAACUCACUGA